AUGGCGACGUUAGUACCACCGCCCUCGAAAAAGCAGAAAAAACAGGCCCAACAGCCUCGUGAAGUUGACGUUAUUCCGGACGAUCUGCCUCAUGUUCUCGUGAAAUUCCAAGCUUUCGACACCGGUGAGACUGUGGGAGGAUCCCUGCGGGUCCCAGGUGGCACCACUGAGCAGCAGCUUGAGCAGCUUCUCAAUCAGCUGCAAGGUGAAUCCGAUGAACCUGUUCCGUACUCCUUCAGCUGUCUUGUAGGUGGCCAAAAGGGCAAACCAGAGGAAGCAGUGGAUAUCAAAGACAGUAUAUACAGCUCACUGCUGAAACCUGGCCAUAAAACCACCGAAGACUUCCUCACCAUCGUCUUCACACCGCGUGCAAUUUUCAAGGUGCGUCCUGUAACGAGAAGUUCAUCGGCCAUAGCAGGUCAUGGAGCGACGAUCUUAUGUUCUGCAUUUGCACCAAACACAAGUGCACGCAUGGUAACCGGGUCCGGUGACAAUACUGCAAGAAUUUGGGACUGCAACACCAGUACGCCCAUGUACACUUUGAAAGGCCAUUACAACUGGGUUUUGUGCGUGGCAUGGUCACCGGACGGGGAAUUGAUUGCUACGGGAUCUAUGGACAACACAAUCAGACUUUGGAACGCUCAAAAGGGUGAAAGCUGUGGGGACGCUCUGAAGGGACACACCAAGUGGAUUACCUCGCUCGCUUGGGAGCCAGUGCACCUUGUGAAACCUGGCAACAAGCCCAGGUUGGCAUCGGCUUCCAAGGACGGAACCAUCAAGAUAUGGGAUACCACAAGACGUGUUUGCCUCAUGACCUUGAGUGGCCACACAAACUCUGUUUCCUGCGUCAAAUGGGGUGGACGCAAUGUGCUUUACAGUGGUUCGCACGACAAAACCAUCAGAGCUUGGGAUAUGAAUUCUUCGGGCCAGUGCAUCAACGUUAUGAAGUCACACGCGCACUGGAUUAAUCAUUUGUCGCUCUCCACCGACUACGCGCUUCGAGUCGGUGCCUUUGACCACACAGGCCAAAAACCUGCGUCGGCUGAAGAGGCUCAACAAAAAGCGUUGCAAAACUAUGAGAAAAUCGCUAAGAAGGGUGGCAAGAUCGAAGAAAUCAUGGUAACGGCUAGUGACGAUUUCACCAUGUACCUAUGGGACCCAAUUAAGUCUACCAAGCCCAUCACAAGGAUGACGGGACAUCAGAAGCUUGUUAAUCACGUUGCAUUUUCUCCAGACGGUAGAUACAUUGUUUCUGCGUCUUUUGACAACUCCAUUAAGUUGUGGGACGGCAGAAACGGCAAUUUUGUUGCCACUUUCCGUGGCCAUGUGGCCAGUGUUUAUCAGGUUGCUUGGUCUUCUGACUGCCGGCUGCUGGUGUCAUGCUCUAAAGACACUACUCUUAAAGUUUGGGAUGUAAGAACCAAAAAAUUGUCUGUCGAUCUUCCUGGCCACAACGACGAGGUCUAUACCGUCGACUGGAGUGUGGACGGUAAACGAGUUUGUAGUGCUGGCAAGGACAAAAUGGUGAGACUGUGGACUCAUUGA